AGCGCGCUUGGUGACAGAGUCCGAACGCGUGCCUGUCGCCCUGUCCCGUGUGGAGAGAGGCUGUGAAGUGCGUGGACGCGUGCGCCUCCUUGUUCUCCAUCUGAGAGGGAGGUUUUAGGGUGAAGGGAAGGUCAAGCAGCCCCUUCUUCAUGCUGUCUGCAACUUAGACACAUGCCGAAAUAACUUCAAAGAGACAUACACGCGCUGAGGACAGGGGGACACGUCUCAUAGGCAGAAAACAAGAGCUAGAUCAACACACAAGAGCCGACCAGUGGAUCGUAUCCUGAUAUUCACACAGCAAAGGAGCAGCAGAAUUGGGCUAAUACGGAGGAUUAUCCUACACCAUGAAACUCGCUGUCGUUCUGCUGCUCUGUGGCUGCUGUGUGCUGUUUAAACACAACUGUGAAGCUCAAGUUUUAUUUUCCUCAGAAGAAACAUCUCCGACACCAUCAGCCAGUAACUGCACGUGUGAAAUUGGCCACGGAAAAUGUGCCGAAAAUGGUGACUGCAGGUGUGAUCCGGGAUGGGGUGGACCGAUGUGUGACGACUGUGUUCGGAUGCCCGGAUGUGUCCACGGAACCUGUCAUCAGCCCUGGCAGUGCUCCUGCAUGGACGGGUGGACGGGGAGAUUCUGCGACAAAGAUGUUUACGUGUGCUCCAGACAGCAGCCGUGUCAUAACGGGGCCACUUGUGAACUGAGUGACUCGGGAGAUUAUAGCUGCUUGUGUCCUGAAGGCUUCCACGGCCGGGACUGUGAACUCAAAACCGGGCCCUGCCAAAAGACCAAAUCCCCCUGCAAGAACGGCGGUCUGUGUGAGGAUCUGGGUGGUUACGCUCCAGAACUGUCCUGUCGAUGCCUUGUCGGAUUCACCGGUGCCCGCUGUGAGACCAACAUGGAUGAUUGCCUGAUGCGCCCCUGUGCCAACGGUGCCACCUGUUUGGACGGCGUGAAUCGUUUUUCCUGCCUGUGCCCUGCCGGAUUCACAGGCCGUUUCUGCACCAUCAACCUGGACGACUGCGCCAGCCAGCCCUGCCUAAACGGAGGACGCUGCAUAGAUCGAGUCUCCAACUUCCAGUGCUUCUGCCCUCCAGGAUUCAGCGGAAGAACUUGCGAGUCGGGAUCUCAAGCGGAGUCUCCGUAUAAAGCUGAACAGGACUCACACAUUAGGUUAAAUCGCUCCCAUUGGACGACUCCAAGCGGAGACGAGGGACGCUUGCUUAAGAUCUCUUUUCGGACUCCAGCUGGUGGAGAAGGGCUGUCGGAGUUCCAGCUCAUCGUUCUGCUGGUUUUGGGUGGGAUGACGCUGGCUGUGGUGGGAUUAACAGCUGGUCUUGUGCUGCGCGGGUAUUUUCAGGACCGAUCGGCUAGCUGUCGGUGCAGACCGGCUCACCAGACGCAAAGGAAACACUCGCGACAGGAGUGCAAGAUCAGCUUCCUCCAAUCUCCAGAGAAGAAGAGGCUGAACACUGAUGUUAUUUAGCCAGAGAUACAGUUGAAGUCUGAAUUAUUAGCCCCCCUGUAUAUGUUGUUCCCCAAGUUCUGUUUAACGAAGAAACACAACACAUUUCUAAAC